AUGGAUCCUCAAAGCUUAGUGCCUUUUCCGCCCCUCGCGACAGUCGAGCAACUCAUUCUGAACGAGAAACGCGGAAAUUGCGUCCCAAUAUUUGUACAACUUCCAGCAGACUUGCUCACACCAUGUACCGCCUAUCUGAAGAUUGCAAAAGACUCGAAAUACAGCUUCUUGCUCGAAUCAAUUAUCGCAGGGGAGAACAUUGCACGGUAUAGCUUUAUCGGCGCUGACCCAAUAAAGGUCAUCAAGACAGGGCCUAGGGAAGAGGCUACUGGUGAUCCUAUGAAUGUCCUGCAGAAAGAGCUUGCAGCAUAUCACUACGUCAAGAUACCCGAAGUACCGACGUUUACGGGUGGUGCAAUUGGAUACGUCUCUUACGACUGCAUCCAAUACUUCGAACCAAAAACUUCAUGCCAGGUCAAGGAUCCACUCGGUAUUCCCGAAGCAUUCUUCAUGCUUGCAGAUACGAUCGUCAUAUACGACCACUUGUUCCAGAAUAUUAAAGUUGUCUCACACGUCUUCUCGGCAACGAAUUCACCGCAAAUGAACCUCUCGUUUGCGUAUAAUUCAGCGGUGGAGAAAACCCGAAGGAUUGCACGUAUCCUGCUUUCGACCGCGCCCAUUCCCGAACCUCUGCAGCCACCGAUUGUGACUGGCCAGCACCCGACAUCGAACGUUGGGAGAGAUGGUUACGAGGCAUUCGUAACGAAGCUCAAGCAGCGCAUCGUCGCAGGCGAUAUCAUUCAGGCAGUGCCUUCACAGCGCCUUGCGCGCCCAACCACCCUGCAUCCUUUCAAUGCAUAUCGUCAAUUGCGACAAGUGAAUCCGAGUCCAUACAUGUUCUAUGUGGAUUGCGGGGAUGUACAAGUCGUAGGCGCGAGUCCAGAGACACUCUGUAAGGUGGAACGGAACAAGGUUUACAAUCAUGCUAUCGCUGGCACGACGAAACGAGGUAAAACUCCUGAAGAGGACGAGAGGCUCGGGAACGAGCUUCAAUCGUCUGAGAAGGACCGCUCCGAGCAUAUCAUGCUUGUUGACCUUGCGCGGAACGAUGUAAAUCGCGUAUGCCAAGCGAAGACCGUGAAAGUGGACCAUCUCAUGCGCUUGGAAAAGUUCAGCCAUGUCAUUCACUUAACUUCGCAGGUCUCCGGUAUUCUGCGAGAUGGGUUGACUCGGUUUGAUGCUUUCCGCUCCAUCUUCCCUGCUGGCACAGUUUCAGGUGCGCCGAAGAUCAAGGCAAUUGAACUUAUUUACUCGCUGGAACGAGAAAAGCGAGGUGUAUAUGCUGGUGCUGUUGGUCGUUGGGACUUCGCACAGGAUGAAAUGGAUACUUGCAUUGCGAUUCGUACGAUGCUGUUCAAGGACGGUGUUGCCUACUUGCAGGCGGGAGGAGGCAUCGUAUUUGACAGUGUGGAGGAAGACGAGUAUGUUGAGACGGUGAAUAAGUUAAAGGGAAACUUGAGCGCCUUAGAGGCUGCAGAAGCUUAUUGGCUGAAAAUUCAACAAGCACAAUCGCACAGUACUGCAGCGUCGUAG